GGCGCGAUCCGCUGUGCACCUGCAGAGAGCGGCGGAGGAGGAGGAGGAGUGGAGUUUGGAUGCUUUGGUCGAGCUGGGCUGCCGCGUCUCCCUCGAAUUCAGCAUAAGUUAGCUGACCAAGUUUCACCGAAGAAGUCGUGGAAUAGCUGGAACAGGAAUGGAGCUUUCGAUAGCGCGGUUCUUCUGUUUACUGUUGAGCCUGUUUGCAGGUUCGGCCUCUGGUCUAGAGAUUACAUCCACGGGGCCGACAUCCAUGGAGAAGGCCAGCGGUCAGAGUGUGAAGCUGGACUGCCAGUUCUCUCUGGCUCCUGAAGAUACUGGACCGCUGGAUAUUGAAUGGAGCUUGAUGUCCUCUGACAACCAAAAAGAGGACAAAGUGGUGAUCCUGUACUCAGGUGACAGGGCCUACGAGGACUACUAUGAGCCCAUGAAGGGUCGAGUUCACUUCAACUCGGUUGACCCAAAGAACGGCGACGCAUCCAUCAACCUGACGGGUCUUAAGUCGUCUGACUCAGGCACGUACCAGUGUAAGGUGAAGAAGGCUCCCGGGAUCCGCAGCAGGAAGAUGCUGCUGAUCGUCAUGGUGAAGCCAUCCAAGCCCAGGUGCUACACCGACGGGCCCACACAAGAAGGCAAAGACAUUGUGCUUAGGUGCAUAUCCAGCGAGGGCACCAACCCCCUGCAAUACAGCUGGGAGAAGACCAGUGACAGCAAGCUGCUGCCCGCCUCUGCUGUGAUGGAUCCUGUGGAAGGCACCAUUAACGUGAGGAACGCAUCUGCCAGUGCAUCUGGCACCUACCGCUGCAUUGCCAGCAACCGCGUUGGCAGUGAGGAAUGUAUACUGCAUCUCAACGUGACACCUCCCCGCAACACCGCAGGCAUCGUUGCAGCAGCCAUAAUUGUUGUGCUCCUGAUCCUCAUCAUUAUUGCCAUCAUUCUCUUCUGCUGUUGCCGUGCUCGUCACAGGAAGAAAUACGAGAAGGAAAUCUGCAAUGAGAUCAGAGAGGACGUGCCACCUCCUAAAAGUCGUGUUUCUACAGCACGCAGCUUCACUGUGGGCAGCCAGCGCUCCUCCCUGGGCUCCAUGUCGCCUUCCAACCUGCAUGAGUAUUCCUUGAAACCCCAGUACGACAAGAUUCCCUCAUCAGAGGAGUAUGAUAGGCCUCCAAGCCAUGCUCCUCUGCCUCCACCCAAUGCUGCCAAGAUGGCUGGCCCCAACCUCAGCCGCAUGGGGGCCAUCCCCGUCAUGAUCCCUGCCCAGAACAGGGACGGCUCAAUUGUCUAACCUGUCCUCUUCUUGAGAAGGGACUGUGCAACCGGGAGGGGGAGCGGAGGAAGGGAGUAGGACACAAGCCAAUGAAGAUGGGAUAAGAGCUGGGAUGGGCUGAUUCGCCUGACUUUUAGCUCUUCAUUAUUUACAAAUGGGAGUUUACUCCUCUUAUGAAGACCUGACUCUGCUGUGGUGCUGAGUUGAAGUUGAGUCAUAUUGGAAUCACAACAGAGCACAUUAAUUUUUUAUGAAAUACGCAUACAAAAAAAAAAAAAAAAAUAUGAAUUUUACUUUCUGGACUAUCUCACUGAAAAAUGGAUAUAAGACAGAAUGGUCAAUAUACAAAUGAUAUUGUACAUAGGUGAAUGCAUGUUUUUUUAAAUAUAGAUGGCCCUUGUUCUAUGUUCCAAACAGAUCCAGGCCCCUAAUUGGCCAGCUGUACAGCUGUAUGCAUGCAUGUGUGUAUAGAACUGCAGCUGUAUGUGUGCGUGAACAUAAAUGUAUGUGUGUAAAUGGGAGUUUGGGAAAUGUAUAAUUCAUUUAUUGUCUUUUAAUGCCUACAUAACACUAUGAUCAUUUUUCAGGGAAUCCCAUCUCUACUAAUUUCUCACAAAUUUUUAAUUCCAUAAAUUUAUUGUAAAUGACCUUUGGAAAUACUGAAAGACAAAUUUAUUAGAAGAAAAUCAAUCUGAGAUCUGAAUUAAUCCUCUGACUGAGUUGGGGGGAAAAGGUCCAUUUAGGUCAGCCAUUUUCUGUUGAAGCAGUUGCUGUUUGAAUUGUCCAGUCUGGGUUUGGAUGGGGGUCUGACCUGUUCAGGAUUGGCUAGGGUUUAGGGGGAGGUUCAGACCAUCACGGCUUGUGAUUGGUUGGAUUAUUGCUUCUUGAGUGAUCUAAAAAAAACAAUAUAAGUGCUGUAACUCUUUACACAAAGGGGGGCAGCUGAACAGUGAGGUUCACUGAGCAAUCAUCUUUGAUUGUGUUUGACUGUUAACAGGCCCCUAAACCCCUCCGACCAAAGAACAUAUCAGCCUCCACAAACACACACACACACACACACACAACACAUUAGUAGGACAAGAGCACAGAGUCUUAAUCAUCAUCUGUAGAGUCAGUAACCCUCUCAGAUGUCUGCCACAUGUAAUCCUCCUCAUUUGCAUUACAUGGAGCCAAUAUCUUGAUUAACCUUCUCUCUGUGGUCAAUAUAAAACCCUGCAUGGCUUCUGUAGCAUUAAUUGGACUUUUAAAUGUAGCAGUUUGUUUGCCCCUUUACAAAAAAAAAAAACCCCAGUUUGAGAACUUGGAAUGCACAAACUGUUUUAUUUUGUUCUGACGCCUUAUUCUAGUCCUUAUUUGAGCCUUACACACCUCUCAUCAGUUCACAUCACAGCCCUCACAGCUGGAUUCUUCUAACUUUGAUUGUGCCUUGUUGCCCCAGUUAAGUUUUGUCGUAGCACAUUUGCUAAUGUGCAGUAGCAUAGGGGGCCAUUGUAGCCCCCAGCCACUAGAACAGUAUAAUAACCUGUACACAGAGAGCCUAUUAACUGUUUUCUGUUGAUCAGGUCAAGGAUUUCCCACACCCACUCACCUCAUACAAAUCCCCCCAUAGCUUAGCAAUAUCACUGUCUUAAAGCUUUUUUUUAGUCCAAAAACAUGAUUUCAUGUUUUGUUUUGUUUUUUAACUUUAUGUAAAAGUAAGAAAAUGGAUGUGUUUUUUAAAAAUAACAUAAAUGGUUCUGGCUGUAUAUAUAAAUAUCCUGUUGAAGUAACCCUGUCUAAUCACAACACAGUAUGAUAUAAACAUGAUGAUGUUUGUAUGUAGAUGUGAUGCUCUGCUGUGCUGUGCUUGGCAAAUCUCUAUCUAAAACAAAGAGGAGGGGCGGCGUGGAUCUUGUCAGUACAGUUUAAAUACUCCCUUAGUAUGAUUUCUGCUAUUGUGCGUGUGUGUAAGUUUUUUGUGUUGAGUGAGUUCUUGGAUCUAAGGGGAGGUGACAUUUGUAGAAACAUCUUGGCCCAUGUACUCCCUGGCAGAUUUGAUGUCACACCAAGGGAAGUGAGACCUUGGAGAGCCUGGACAAAGAAAUUACAUCUGUCAGUUCCUCUUAAAACACAAUUUUGUGUGUGUGUGUGAACAAGAGUACUGUAUAGAAAGGGAGUUUGCUGUCAAAAUGGGCCCCUGUAGAAUUCUAGUUAGACUACCACCUGAUGAAAAACUGUACAGAGCUCUUAGGGAGAUUUUACUGUCCCUCUAUUUGCUCAAAACAUUAAUGACAACUACUACUAACAAUAUUAACUGUAGCUUUGAAAUCAGCAUACUAAUACUGUAUGAAGAUCUCCUCUGAGGUGUGCACACUGUGUGAAAACCAGUUUUUCCUUUUGUGUGGUUUUUUUGUGCUGUAUUUUUGAAUAAUAAAAGUCCAUGAAAU